AUGAACCAGAAGCACCUUCUACGUUUCAUCAAGAAGUCAUACAGGAUAAAUGCAGACCGUGUAGUGUACAAUGCAAAGGGAAAUCAGUUGACUUUAAAACAGGUGUUUGAAAAGUUGAACCUUCACCCCUAUGACCUCACAGUAGAUUCUCUAGAUGUCCAUGCUGUAAGUAUUUAUAAGCACAUAAUGAGCUCAGAUAAUUCUGUAUAUUUUGUAAUUCAAAUUUGA